GGUCGACACAAAGUUAGCCUGCACACACACACACACACACACACACAAAAAAGAAGACACUGGAGCGCCUGCAAAGGAGGAGUGCCGUCUGACCUGCUGAGCUCCUGCUGCGUGUGUGUGGGUGCACCAUGGCCAACCUCCUACGCGUCCUCGCGGCCAGCUGCUCUGCCCCUGUCUUCGGCGGGGCGUCCUGUUUGAAACUGCAGAGUGGACCCGCUAUCAAAACGACGUGUGUGCGCUUUUUCAGGACCCAUCAAGCCCUCGGAAGAUGCGCCAGUCCAGGGGUUCCCUACAAGCAACUCACAGUCGGCGUCCCGAAAGAGAUCUUCCAGAACGAGCGGCGCGUGGCGCUGUCUCCCGCCGGCGUCCAGGCGCUCAUCAAACAGGGCUUCAACGUGGUGGUGGAGUCCGGCGCCGGGGAGUUUUCCAAGUUUCCGGACGAGCAGUACACCCAGGCGGGAGCUGCCAUCAAAGACAUCAAAGACGUCCUGGCGUCCGAUGUGGUGAUCAAGGUCCGCGCUCCCGUUUUCAACCCGGCUUUGGGCGUCCACGAGGUGGAGGUGAUGAAGGACGCGGCCACCUUGAUCAGCUUCAUCUACCCCGCCCAGAACCCCGAGCUGAUGGACAUGCUGUCCCAGAAGAAAGCCACCGUCCUGGCCAUGGACCAGGUGCCUCGAGUCACCAUUGCCCAGGGCUACGACGCCCUGAGCUCCAUGGCGAACAUCGCAGGGUACAAGGCCGUCGUGCUAGCAGCCAACAGCUUUGGCCGCUUUUUCACAGGACAGAUCACUGCAGCCGGGAAGGUGCCACCCGCCAAGGUGCUCAUCAUUGGAGGGGGAGUGGCGGGAUUAGCAGCAGCCGGCACCGCCCGAGCCAUGGGCGCCAUCGUCCGAGGCUUUGACACCAGGGCUGCGGCCUUGGAACAGUUCAAGUCUUUGGGCGCAGAGCCUCUGGAGGUGGACAUCAAGGAGUCAGGAGAGGGCCAAGGAGGCUACGCCAAAGUCAUGUCCAAGGAGUUCAUCGAGGCCGAGAUGAAGCUGUUUGCCAAGCAGUGUCAGGACGUGGACAUUGUCAUCAGCACCGCACUCAUUCCCGGUAAGAAGGCCCCCAUCCUCAUCACCAAGCCCAUGGUGGAGAGCAUGAAGGACGGGUCAGUGGUGGUGGACCUGGCUGCCGAGGCAGGAGGAAACAUCGAGACCACAGUACCCGGAGAGCUCUCUGUGCACAAGGGUGUGACCCACAUCGGCUACACGGACCUGCCCAGCCGCCUGCCCACCCAGUCCAGCACGCUGUACUCCAACAACAUCACCAAGCUGGUGCGGGCCAUCAGUCCCGACAAGGACAACUUUUACCUCGACGUGAAGGAGGUGUUUGACUACGGAACCAUGGAUCAUGUCGUCAGGGGCUCUGUUGUCAUGCAGAAUGGAAAGAACCUCUUCCCGGCUCCUCAGCCCAACAACCUGCCCGCUGCCGCCCCCCCCAAGCCCAAGUCUGUCAAGGACCUGGAGGCCGAGAAGACUUCCCAAGUCUCACCCUUCAGGGCCACGCUAACCUCCGCCAGCGUGUACACCGGAGGCAUCGCCACGCUGUUGGCUUUGGGCCUGUCGGCUCCCAACGCCGCCUUCACGCAGAUGGUCACCACCUUCGGGCUGGCGGGCAUCGUGGGGUACCACACCGUGUGGGGCGUCACUCCCGCGCUGCACUCGCCGCUCAUGUCGGUGACCAACGCCAUCUCAGGUCUGACAGCCGUGGGUGGUCUGUCCCUAAUGGGCGGUGGCUACGCCCCAACCAACACUGCAGAGACGCUGGCCGUGCUCGCCGCCUUCAUCUCCUCAGUCAACAUUGCUGGUGGCUUCCUGGUGACUCAGAAGAUGCUGGACAUGUUCAAGCGUCCCACCGAUCCCCCCGAGUAUAACUACCUUUAUCUGCUUCCGGGGGGUGUUUUCGUGGGCGGAUACGCCGCAGCGCUGCAUUCAGGGUACAACAUUGAGCAGAUGAUGUACUUGGGCUCUGGAAUGUGCUGCGUGGGCGCCCUGGCCGGCCUCUCCAACCAGAAGACAGCCCGUCUGGGCAACGCCUUGGGCAUCAUGGGGGUGGCAGGGGGCAUCGCCGCCACUCUUGGUGCCCUCAAACCCAGUCCCGAGCUCCUGGCGCAGAUGAGCGCCGCCAUGGCCGUAGGCGGCACCGCUGGUCUGACCAUCGCUAAGAGGAUCCAGAUCACCGACUUGCCCCAGCUGGUGGCCGCCUUCCACAGCCUGGUGGGUCUGGCGGCGGUGCUGACCUGCGUGGCGGAAUACAUGGUGGAGUACCCUCACUUCGCCACCGACCCCGCCGCCAACCUGACUAAGAUAGUGGCCUACCUGGGCACCUACAUCGGCGGGAUCACCUUCAGCGGCUCUCUGGUGGCGUACGGCAAGCUGCAAGGUAUGCUGAACAGCGCCCCCCUGAUGCUCCCCGGCCGCCACGCCCUGAACGCCUCGCUGAUGGCGGGCUGUGUCGGCGGGAUGAUUCCGUACAUGCUGGACCCCAGCUACACCACCGGCAUCACCUGCCUGGGCUCCGUCUCCGCUCUGUCGGCCAUCAUGGGUGUAACCCUAACGGCCGCCAUCGGGGGCGCUGACAUGCCGGUGGUGAUCACCGUCCUCAACAGCUACUCGGGCUGGGCUCUGUGCGCCGAGGGCUUCCUGCUCAACAACAACCUCCUGACCAUCGUGGGGGCGCUCAUCGGAUCAUCGGGCGCCAUCCUGUCCUACAUUAUGUGUGUGGCCAUGAACCGUUCGUUGGCUAACGUGAUCCUGGGAGGCUACGGCACCUCUUCCACCGGUACCGGCAAGCCCAUGGAGAUCACGGGCACACACACCGAGGUCAACGUGGAUCAGACGGUGGACAUGAUUAAAGAGGCCCAAAACAUCAUCAUCACUCCAGGGUAUGGUCUGUGUGCUGCCAAGGCACAGUACCCCAUUGCCGAGUUGGUGAAGAAUCUCAAAGAGGCUGGCAAGAAUGUCCGGUUUGGUAUCCACCCCGUCGCCGGCCGUAUGCCCGGACAGCUCAACGUGCUGUUGGCCGAGGCCGGCGUCCCAUAUGAUAUCGUCUUGGAGAUGGAGGAAAUAAAUGAGGACUUCCCCGAGACUGAUCUGGUUCUGGUCAUCGGCGCCAAUGACACAGUGAACUCCGCCGCCCAGGAAGACCCCAACUCCAUCAUCGCCGGCAUGCCCGUGCUGGAGGUCUGGAAGGCAAAGCAGGUGGUGGUGAUGAAGCGCUCCCUGGGAGUGGGCUACGCCGCCGUGGACAACCCCAUCUUCUACAAGCCCAACACGGCCAUGUUGCUGGGCGACGCCAAGAAGACGUGCGAUGCCUUGCACAGCAAGGUCCGCGAAGUCCAGUAACCUUCGCCACAAAUAAGACAGUGGUCGUCUUUGUGAUGACACCACAUCUUACAGUAAUAGAAAACAAACGGCAGCGUUUGUCCUUACUGUACACAUGUUUGUGUGCUCACUUAUUUGGUUUCAUGAAGGAAGAUAUUAUUAUUAUUAUUAUUAUUAUUAUUAUUAACCUACAACACAACACAUACUAUAGAAAAGUACAGUAGAUUACCUUCCAUGCUCUAAUUAUAGCCCCGAAAAUCACAAAGCCUCCGUUGGAAGACCUUACAUGUACAUAUGACUCGGAGUGCAUGAGAAAGUGACUUUCAUGCCAACAUUUCAAAUCACAUGCAGAGCUAGAUAAAUAAGAAUAAAUUUAAAAAAAAAGAAAAGAAAUAAAAUAAUUACAGGGGGUUGCCUACAGCCACAGCUGUCAUGGAGCUGUGAUUGUUGGCGUUAAUUGGAGCAUUUACCGUAAUGAGGAUGUUAGUUGUGUAAAAUGACUUCUUUUUGUUUUUGUUUUGUUUUUUUUAGGAGGAGCACUAGAUAAUGAACUUUCAUAGAACAUAGGAGCCUUUUCCUGUUUGUGUUGUUUUUUUUGUUUUGUUUUUACCACAUGCUGCAUUCUCUCCCAUUCAUGAUAAGCUGAGUGUGAGGAAACAUAGCAAUACAGUCAAGUAGAGUAGAGCACACGCGCUUAGGAAGUGUAGGCGUAGUCCCUUGAUGGCCUGCUCAGACUAACAAGUCCACAUGUACACACAUAAAAAAAAAAAAAAAAAGUACAAAGACAUAAAAAGUCUGUGUCCACAUGUCCUGGCGCGCAAACACGUUUUGGCCAAUCAGAGGCCGGAAGAAGCGACGUCAGCCGACUUGGACACUGCCGUUGCUCAGCUUCCCUCUAUCGUUUUUUAAAAAAAUACAUUCAUUCGUAAAUCAUCGCUGUUUCAUGGUUGAAUACGACAAAUUCUUCAUGUUUUAAAAAUAUACCUGUAUAUGCAUUUUUAAGCAAAUUUUAUGGGGUUUAAGUCACACCAGCCAAAAAUGCACAAUGAAGAGGAAAAAAACAUAUGUACGUCAGACUGGAUCAUAAGUCGCAUUUUUGGGCGUGAAUUAAUUUGAUAAAAUAAGAGACCAAGAACAGACAUUUCAUCUUGAAAGGCAAUUUAUAGUAGUAACAAUAAAAUGGAGAACAACAGGCGUCUGUUAACGUGAAUAGGUGGUAUGUUACCGUAACAUUAACACUUAUUCACACAACUAAAGCCUAAACAACAUAACAUGACUGGUUAACUUGCAGCUGGUAAUCUGCAGAAUGUGAUUUUCGUUUCGGGGGUGUCUGUGUGCCGUCUUUUCUAAGUUGAUGUUUACGUUGUACAUUUUCAGUGGUACGGGACUGAUAGGAUUAGCAGAUACUGGCACACGAGCCUAGAGCGCAGUCUCGCGGCUGUCAGUAGGGGGAAAAAAACAGAUACAUAAGUCGCUCCGGAGUACAAGUCGCAGGACCAACCAAACCAUGGAGAAAAAAAUGUGACGUAUAGUCCGGAAAACACAGUAAUUUUGGCCUAAAUCAGUGGUGUCCAAAGCUGUUUUUUAUUCACAGCAUAUUCUGAAAAUAUCAUUGAGCAAGAAAAAGCAAAAAUGAAAAAAUCAGCAGUAAUUUUACAAGAAUAAAGUCAAAGCAUUACAAGAAAAAAAGUUGUCAUCGAACGAGAAAAAGUUGCAAUUUUACAAGAAUAACGUAAUUAUGAGGGGAAAAUAACGUCGGAUUAGUAGCAUAAGGCAUAUGAAAUAUUAAAGAGAUGUUUUUUUUUGUUUUGAAGUUGUAAUCUUAUGAAAAACAAAAAUCAACGAAUAAAGUUGUUACUUUUGAAAAAUGAGUUUGCAGGAAAAUGCUUGGAUGUCAAUAUUAUGGGAAUAAAAUCAGAAUUAUAGAACAUUUACAAGAAGAGCAAAGUUGGACAAUUUAAAAAAAACACUCAUUUUAAGAGGAAAUUUAAAAAAUUAGGUUUACAGGAAGUGUAAAGCUGGACAAUAAAAAAACAGCAUAAUGGGGGUGGGAGAAACAUUAUUUUAUGAAAAAAAAGGGGAAAAAAUGUUAGAUUUUAACAAGAAAAAAAUUGUGAUUUUACAAGAUUAAACUCCUAAUAUUAGGAGGAAAAAUAAAGUAACUUUAGUAGCAUAGAGUUGAAACAUUAAAGAAAAAGUUCCAAAAGGAUGAGAAACAAACAAAAGUUGUCAGUUUUGGAAAACUGGGUUGUGGAAAAAGUUCUACUGUGAGGAGAAUAAAGUCAAAAUAUGAAGAGAAAACAGUCGUAUUCUAACAAGAACAAAAUUGCAAUUUUACAAGAAUAAACAAAAAUAUUAGGAGAAAAUGGAAUGUAAUUUUAGUAGCACAGACUUGGAAUAUUUAAGAAAAAAUACAUUUUUUCCCAAUAUUAUGAGAAACAAACAAAAUAAAGUUGUAAUUUAGCUUUUAACUUUUAAACAUUUCCGAUGAAAAUUGAAAUAUUUGGCAUAAAUAACAGCAGCAAAAACUGAAGGGGGGGGGGGGGGGGGGGAACAGCAAAGAGUGAAGUUGAUAUUAAUAAUUAAUAAUUAAUAAUAGGCUUUUCCACCUAAUGUGACAAAGCUGAGAUGAACUCGCUAGCAAAUCUUCACAAAAUAUCAACGUGGAAAAGUUGCAUCCUUUCGUUUUUCCACUAUGUGGCCCCCGCUGGAGGAAAAACCUUUGGACAUCUCUGGCCUAAAAGAAGCGUAUUCAAGCAUUAAACAUGACGAAAUGAAGUAAAAUAGAACUAUAAGGUGUUCAGAAGUGGCAUUCAAAGAUGUAGUGUUCUACUAUGUGACCAUAGGGCUGUUAUUUCAUGUCUAGAGGGCUCUAAUCAUGUUAAAAGGGAGUAUUUAGAAGGCUGUACGCAGGCUUUCCAUUCUCUAAUUACCAAAAUAUUGCGUUUAUUAAUGAGGAAUCCUACUUCACUCAUUACGGCCCGGUCUGGAAUCGAUUAACCGCCAUAAACGAGCGAUGCAAAGUCUUCAUUUUUGACAAAAAAUGUUUUACACAUAGGAAAUAUGCAUUUAAAAACUAAAAUCUCUGAGUUAAUGUGGACGUAACCUUAGCCGCUAGUGCUGCCACGUCUGUAAAAAAUAUAAAAACCAACAGGUGAUCUUUCUCCAGCUCUUUUUGUGUCUUAUCCAAACGUUUGUGUCCUUUUGCUUUGUUGCCUUUUGCUGAAAUGUUGAUGAACGACUUAGAAGUAGAGAUGAUGAUGAUGAUGAUGAUGGUGAUGAUUUCCGAUCAGUCAAAGGGUCCUGGAAGACCACCUGCUGAUGUGUACUCAUAUUCCAGCCUCUUCCUCAUCCUCUACCUCACCGCACCACCGACCAAUAGCCUUCCUCCGUUGGAAAGCCAUCCGACCAAUCGCUCGUCAUUUCCGUGCUCUUUUUCUUUUUCCUUUAUUUUGAAACUUGUGGAUUUCUGUUGUGAUCACCUGACCUCAGUUUGCUGCUGUCGUGUAAAAAGGAUAAAGGUUACACACGAUUACAAUAUUUGGAGCGUUUUGGUGUGCGCGUGCGCGCGUGCGUGCGUGCGUGCGUGUGUGUGUGUGUGUGUGUGUGUACAUUCUGCCCCCCCCCCCCUUCAGGAAAGUAUUUUUGUGAAAGCGCCAACACUUGUACCACCUUUUCAUGCAGCGUGCUGGGCCAGUGGAACGCUAUGGAAAUGUACUGUGAGUGUUCUUUUCCACUUUUGUUGACCAUGUGCAGCCUCGUCCCUCAUAAGAAGAAUAAAAACCUGGAUUUACACUACA